AUGGGUUUUUUGGAACUUAGUUUCACAUUUGUUUAUAUUAAAUUCAUUAUUUGUGGGUGGAAAUUAAGAUAGGAAUUAAUUUUAUAAUAAGUGACAAUUUGCACAUGCUGUAGUAAUUUAACCAUAUCUUUUUCUCUAGGUAUCGGAUUGAGAUGAUUCUUUAGGCGUUGGAAAGCUAAGAGGCAGAGCUACAAUUGAUGUUUUAUGAGCUUAACCCAGUUCUAGCUAAACAGAGGAGACACAGACGCAAGAGAGUUGUUCUGCGCAACAGCACCCAGCCGCCCACAUCCCAGCCACCCACAUCUGUUGUUCACCAGAGAAGAAGAGGACAGCCGCGCGAGAUUGCUCUGCACAUUGGAGGAAAAGCCGCUGCCCAGCCUACUCGGAGGGACGCGAAUCCAAUCUGCACAGAGGAGGAUCCUGAAAUCUGCUUCUUCAACUCCCAGCCUUGCUUCCGGACAAGCAAUUCUCCAUUGUUUGGGUUUUGUUGUUUCUGAUUUCCUUUUACUAUGAUUUUCUGCUGGGAUUUAUUUUUCAUGGCUGUUGAAAUCAUAAACAUGUGUGGCUAGAAUUCUUUGAACUAGGGAUGGAUGGAUUUUAAUUUUUUGGAAUAUGUGACUGUUUUUGUUAGUUUAAUUCAAGAUUUAUUGGUUAUUUGCAUGAUGAGUUUAUAUUAUUGAACUUAAUGCAUUGAGAGCUUGAUCACCUUUCAAUUGAUUUAGUGAUUUACGCAUGAACUUGAGAAAGAAUUGUGUAAAUUAGACCAAUAAUAAUAUAAACCGUGUGUUAGACUAUGAGACCGAGAGGUAAUUAGCUCACAUGUGGUAGUGGAGGAAGAGAAGAGAGUUAGUAGCUCCCCCUUCUUAAGCUAGAGGUUUCCAUAGAAUUUAAUGCUCAUUAAUUUGUUUAAAAUUACAUAGAGAUAUGAUUAAUUUAGCAAACAAAUGAAGGAUUAACUUGACUUGAGAAAGCUGGUUAAUUAAUUUAGGGAAAUCCGCCAUCUCAUGCAAUAACAUUAUUAUUUGAACUUGAAUUAAAUUAAUGAAAUAGUUGCAUAAUUCAGAAUUAAAUGAAAUCCAAACCCUAGUUCCUUUUCAUUCAUAGUUUUCUUUAACUUAGAAAAUUCUUUAGUUUAAUUUUCUUUAGUUGACUUAGUUUUCUUUUAAAUAGUUUAGUUUUCCUCAUUAAUUGGUUAAUUCAACUUAGGUUAGAUUAAUAGGGUCUUGGUAGUGUAGGAUAGUCCUCGAGGGAACGAUAUCUUACU